GAACGUUGCGUUGCGUGAACAUUUUCGUGUAUAGCUGAUAUUGCUUGUGUGGAACUUCGUGCUCCUUUGGUGCGGUACUUUACUGUUUAAUGAUCAUAACGGUAUUUCAUGAAUUGUGAUAUUGUGAAUAAUUUGUAUCAACUUAUUAAUAAGUGAUUUUAUUAAUUUUUAAGAAUCAUGGGGUUCAAGUUCCUGGAAAUUAUUAAGCCUUUUUGUAGUAUACUGCCUGAGAUAGCAAAACCGGAACGUAAAAUUCAGUUCCGUGAGAAAGUACUAUGGACAGCUAUUACUCUAUUUAUUUUCUUAGUGUGUUGUCAAAUUCCGCUAUUUGGCAUCAUGUCAUCAGACUCGGCCGAUCCGUUUUACUGGAUUCGAGUGAUUCUCGCCUCGAAUCGAGGUACAUUGAUGGAAUUAGGUAUAUCACCGAUCGUUACCUCCGGACUUAUUAUGCAGUUGUUGGCCGGAGCUAAAAUUAUCGAAGUAGGCGAUACACCCAAAGAUAGAGCACUUUUUAAUGGAGCGCAAAAACUCUUCGGAAUGGUUAUUACCGUCGGUCAAGCUAUUGUGUACGUAAUGACCGGUAUGUACGGAGACCCGUCAGAGAUCGGAGCUGGUGUUUGUUUAUUGAUCAUCAUUCAAUUAUUCGUCGCCGGAUUGAUCGUUUUGCUUCUGGAUGAAUUAUUACAAAAAGGAUACGGUCUGGGUUCUGGUAUUUCUCUUUUCAUUGCAACCAAUAUUUGCGAAACCAUUGUAUGGAAAGCUUUCAGUCCUGCUACUAUGAAUACCGGUCGCGGUACUGAAUUCGAAGGGGCUGUGAUCGCUUUAUUCCAUUUGCUAGCCACCCGACAAGAUAAAGUUAGAGCUUUACGUGAAGCUUUCUACCGACAGAAUUUACCCAAUUUGAUGAAUUUAUUGGCUACUGUACUCGUUUUCGCCAUCGUUAUCUACUUCCAAGGUUUCAGAGUAGAUUUACCCAUCAAAUCUGCUAGGUACAGAGGUCAACACAGCAGCUAUCCUAUUAAGUUAUUCUACACUUCUAAUAUUCCCAUCAUCUUACAAUCAGCUUUAGUUUCUAAUUUAUACGUCAUUUCUCAAAUGUUAGCUGUGAAAUUCCAAGGAAACUUUUUAGUUAAUUUGUUGGGUGUUUGGGCUGAUGUUGGAGGCGGUGGCCCGGCUAGAGCGUAUCCAGUCGGUGGCCUAUGCUAUUACUUGUCUCCUCCUGAGAAUUUGGGCCAUAUUUUAGAAGAUCCUAUCCACGCCAUUUUAUACAUCAUUUUUAUGCUCGGUUCUUGUGCAUUUUUCUCGAAAACUUGGAUCGAAGUUAGUGGAUCGUCAGCGAAAGAUGUGGCCAAACAACUUAAAGAACAACAAAUGGUAAUGUGCGGUCACAGAGAUAACUCGAUGAUUCACGAACUGAAUCGUUACGUACCGACGGCGGCUGCUUUCGGAGGUUUAUGUAUUGGAGCAUUAUCGGUAUUAGCCGAUUUUAUGGGCGCCAUCGGAUCAGGAACCGGAAUUUUACUAGCUGUAACUAUUAUAUACCAGUAUUUCGAAAUAUUUGUGAAAGAACAAAGUGAAAUGGGUGGAAUGAGUACAUUACUGUUCUAAGGAUAUUCGUUGUUCGGUAAUUCAAAGCAACCGUUGCUUGAUGCAAGGGGUGAAUAUGUAGAUGUAUUUGUGUAUAUGCUCUUUUCCCAAGUUUCCCUUCUCUCUCCCAUUCUAUUUUUAUUUAUUUCAUGAAACACGGACACAAAUUUCCGUUUUUCAGACACCAGAAAUUCUCUGUAUUGUUGUUGUUAGUGUAGAUACAUUUAUUUUGUAGAGUUUUUUUUUUUUUUGGAAAAAAAAUGUUCGAUCGAGUUUUUAAUUGCUGAAUUUUUGAAUUCAGGACGGCGUAUUAAGGGUCAGGUUUUUUUUUUGUUGAAAAAAAAUUCCUCGAUUUGUCUUUUUCAAAAUAAUGUUGAUCGUUGUAGGAAUCGAAAAAACUGUACAAACGUCGCUGUUCGAUAAAAGAUUUUGUUCUCUAUGUACGAGUGAGCGAAUUAUAUGACUAAUCUGUGUUAUACAUUAUAUUUUUCGUCGUGUUUGUUUCCUUAUGCGUUCUUUUCUCUUAUCUUCCCAUUUUUGUCAGAAAUUAAGAAGCUUUAUGUAGAUAUUACUCCUUUGUGUAUGGUAAAGCGUUUUUUAAAAUUGAAAUUUCUCAAAUGUUUCCGCAAAAGAAAUGUCAACGACAUUAUACGUGUUGCAAUUUUUCUUUCAUUUUCUCUUAAUUUAUGUUUCUUUUUUUUGUGUUUAUUUAUUAUUGUGUACUAGAUUUUUUUUGCAAAUCUCGACCGAAAGAACGUACAUAAUGUUUUGCGAGUAAAUUUUCUUAAUUAAUAUCAAAUAUAUUUAGAUUGUUUUUUUCUAUAUAUUUUUUUUUUGUUAUAUUUGUUUAAGUAAUCGUUUUUUUUUUGAAUUUAUUUAUUUAAGUUAACGAAAUAUAAAAAAUUGACGUAAAUUAGCGAUGCGGCUAUCAAUGUACUUUAUGUAUGUAUUAUACGUAUUGCUCCAAGAUGAAUUAAGGUGAAGUAAAUAUUUUAUAACUUUUGUUUUUAAA